UGGAUUUCCCGGAAGGGACCAGAGAGGCCGCGGGCUGGGCUUGGCUCGUCCCCCCGCCGGGUUGCCAUGGCCGUGUCGCCGUACGUGCAGGCCAUGCAGGAGCUGUUCCGGGCGAACACGCGCAGCCGCGAGUUCCCAGCUCACGGAGCCAAGGUCCACUCGGUGGCCUGGAGCUGCUGCGGCCGCCGCCUCGCUUCGGGCUCCUUCGAGCCCUUCGUGUGGGGACUCUUCGAGGGGAUGGGAUGCGGGGGGGUGCGAGGACCCGAGAUGAGGCAGCCGGCGCUAGAGGACAGCGGCCCUCGCAGUAGCCGGAGAGGGCUGUUGAACCAGGUGAAGGAAAACAAUUACCGUGGCCAUGGAGACAGUGUGGAUCAGUUGUGCUGGCACCCCAGUAACCCAGACUUAUUCGUCACAGCAUCUGGAGACAAAACCAUUCGUGUCUGGGAUGUUCGUACCACUAAAUGCAUUGCAACAGUGAACACUAAAGGGGAGAAUAUUAACAUCUGCUGGAGUCCUGAUGGCCAGACCAUUGCAGUCGGGAACAAGGAUGAUGUAGUCACCUUCAUCGAUGCUAAGACACAUCGAUCAAAAGCUGAGGAACAGUUCAAGUUUGAGGUGAACGAGAUCUCUUGGAACAAUGACAACAACAUGUUCUUCCUCACCAAUGGCAAUGGUUGCAUCAACAUCCUCAGCUAUCCAGAACUGAAACCAAUCCAGUCAAUUAAUGCCCACCCCUCAAAUUGCAUCUGUAUCAAAUUUGACCCAAUGGGCAAGUACUUUGCCACAGGAAGUGCUGAUGCCCUGGUUAGCCUCUGGGAUGUGGAUGAACUGGUGUGUGUACGAUGUUUCUCUAGACUUGACUGGCCUGUGAGGACAUUAAGCUUCAGCCAUGAUGGGAAGAUGCUGGCUUCUGCAUCGGAAGAUCACUUCAUUGAUAUAGCAGAGGUAGAAACGGGGGAGAAGCUGUGGGAAGUGCAGUGUGAGUCCCCCACCUUCACUGUGGCCUGGCAUCCAAAGCGUCCCCUACUGGCCUUUGCCUGUGAUGACAAAGAUGGCAAAUAUGAUAGCAGCAGGGAAGCUGGCACUGUGAAACUCUUUGGACUUCCCAAUGACUCAUAACAGACAUCUAUUGGAGACCAAACCUAGGACCUGGAAUUCUGAGUCCAGGCAGGAUUUUUACAAGCCAUGUUUGCUUUGUUUCUACGUUAGGUUCAUGCUCUACUUUCUAGAGCAGGAGCUGUACUGUGGCUUGAGAGUUUCUUGUCCAGGAAGCCUACUUUUUGAAUUGCCCAGCCAUCCUAAAAGGCACAGAGGCUGGCUGAGUAAAUGGCAUCCCUCUGGUGUCUUGACUCUUCACUGUUUUUUGUCUUGAACAGGGGGGACUACAACUGCUAAUGUAUUCUACUGUCUGUAGGCUGUGCCUUCCAUUGGGAAAUCAACUCUAGUUACUUCUGUGUAUUUGGCAAAAGCCUCCUGCAAGUUUUUGUUACUAUGUCCUUGUCAUCCCCUUAUGCCUCUCCUUGACUGUGGAAAGGCAGAUGUAUCCUGGCUUCCCAUAACCAUGUUUGAAACCUUCCUUUAUUCUUGAAGGAAUACCUCACCUCAUUUGGAGGUAAUGUGUAUGUUUCAUGCCUUUUUAAAAAGACUAAUAGAAGAAGUUAGAUUGGGAAGUAAAAUCAAUUUUUUUGUAUGAGCUUGUUUUUAUACCUCCAAGAAUAACUUUGUUUUAUUAAAUAAAUGAACAAA